UUAAAAAAAGAAACUUUAUUGUCAUUACUCACUGGUUUUAAAGAGAUCAUUUAGGGAUAAAUUGCACACAUUAGGCCUAUUUAUUAUGCGCACUGAUUUUCCGCGGCAGGUUCAUGUGAGAUGCAACAUCAAAGGCUUUAUUGCGUUAUACACACCAUCAGCAGCUACGCCUUGCAAAUGUCAAGGCGUUGCAGAAAGAGGAAGAUCAAGUGAGCUACACGACACACAGAGUCAAGUGCUUACAAGUUCCCACAAGUGCCUAACGGAGAGGUUUCAGUCGCCACGGGUUUCCAAAGAAGACAGUUGCGCGCAAAGGGGAAUCAUGAAGGACCAAAGCUGUACUGAUGAAAUUACACAAAUCUUCCAGGAGGCUCCGUCGGCGAGACGAGCCCUGUUGGACAACUACGACAACCUGAUGAAGGUGGCUGAAUACUGCGAGAGCAACUACCUGCAGGCAGGUGCGGAUGCGGUCAAGGCCCUGGAGGAGACUAAGAACUUUACCACCCAGUCUCUGGCCAGUGUGGCCUACCAGAUCAGCACCCUGGCCUCCAACGUCCUCAAGCUGCUAGACGCACAGAACUCCCAGCUCAGACACAUGGAGUCUUCUGUCAACCUCAUCGGACAGACAGUGGACAUGCACAGAGAGAAGGUGGCCCGGAGAGAGAUCGGGGCUUUCACCACAGCCAAGAGGGUUCCCCGCAGUCACAAAAUAAUCCCCCCGGCAACAGGCAAGGAGCCCAAACCCAAGUACACCCGUAGUCCCAUCGCCUACUCUGACCUGGACACACUGGGACAUGGCAUGAAGGAUUCUGGUAAGCUGAUGGGGAAAGCAGGGUCAUCAAAACGCAAACAUGGCGGCACAAUCAGCAGGAGCACUUCCAGAGCACCCCCAGAGCCUGUCCAGUGUCCCAUAGCCCCCUCUCUGUCUCGAGGGGCGUCCCUCACCUCUCUCAAUGAUCGCUCCAUUGGGUCCAGCUUCGGCAAGGCCGUGCCUCCCCCUGUGGUCCCCGGCUGGCCCGCGUCACCCGACUCUGACAUCAUCACCACCCUGUUGGAGGAGGCCCCGCCCCCACCACCGCCCCUGUCUCUGAUGGAGGAUGGUGACGCCGCCAUGACUGCUGCGGCCCCUCUUCCUCCUCCUCCCAUGGCGCCUCCUGCCUCCUCUCUGGAUGUCCCUCCUCUGCCCCCCACCACCACAACCAGCACCCCUGAACCUGCCCAUACCAGCCUAGCCUGCAUCCCCCCUCCCCCUGCCCCACCCCCACUGGAGACUGUGGCUGAAGAGAACGGCUUCCCGCCCCCAAUGCCACCACCAUCUGACGAGCCUCUCCCGCCACCAGCCAGUGAGGGCCUGGAGCUCCCUGACCCGCCCCCUCCACCGAGUGAUGAGGUGGAUGAAGCUCUGCAGCCCAGGCGGCCUCGUGUACGUCGUCACCCCCCCAGCUCGCGCUCCAUGUCCCUCAGGGUCCGCACGGGCCCUAGCUCUCGCUCGCUCUACACUCGCUCGCUCUUCCUGCCAACCAUCCAAUCACUCAUGAUCCCUCCUCCCCCUUCAUACCCUCCUCCUCUCGCCCCUCCCGUGUCGCUGAGACCCCUGUCCAGCCUGCCCGCCCGCCUUGAUCACCUGGAUCUGGUGAUCCCAGCCCCGCCUCCUCCACCUUUUACCGACAGUGUGGGUGGCUUUGAUGACGUCAUGCCACCCCUACCUCCCCCUGCUGAUUAUGACACGACUGGCCCUACAGACUUUUUAGAGAAAGUGGUGGCGCUGUACAGCUACAACUCAGGGAAGCCUGGCGACCUGAUGUUCCAGGAGGGAGAAGUCAUCUACCUGAUCAAGAGGAAUGAAGACGGCUGGUGUGAGGGAACGCUCAACGGAGUAGAGGGAUUCUUCCCUGGGAACUACGUAGAUUCCUUCACCAACUAAGAUAUUAGACCGCUUAAAGCUAGACUCAGCGAUAUGACGUAUAUGCAGAAAGUAAACAGCACAGUGGGUCAAUUUCCGCUACAACUAAGAGUUUUGAAGCCCGAGGCUCAACUUGUCCUCUGUUUUGGUCUUGUGGCUACCAUGUUGUAAAAGCGCGAAGCGCACCCGUGCACGUGCUCAGAUACUGUGUGUGACCGUGUGAGAGCGGAGUCGUGCAUCUCGGCUUAUCGCAAUAUCUGCGGUGCUGCUCGUGGCAAUGUCAUUUCGCUUAGUCUACUUUUUAACCUGUUGCGACGAGCAAUCCCGUAUCCGGGAGCGUAAUUAUAGCCUCAAGCUCAUUACCAUAACGCAACGUUAACUAUUCAUGAAAAUCGCAAAUGAAAAUAAAUAAAUAUAUUGGCUCACAAGCUUAGCCUUUUGUUAACAACACUGUCAUCUCAGAUUUUCAAAAAGUGCUUUUCAACCAUAGCUACACAAGCAUUUGUGUAAGAGUAUUGAUUGCUAGCAUAGCAUUAAGCCUAGCAUUCAGCAGGCAACAUUUUCACAAAAACAAGAAAAGCAUUCAAAUAAAAUCAUUUACCUUUGAAGAACUUUGGAUGUUUUCAAUGAGGAGACUCUCAGUUAUAUAGCAAAUGUUCAGUUUUUCCAAAAAGAUUAUUUGUGUAGGAGAAAUCGCUCCAUUUUGUUCAUCACGUUUGGCUAAGAAAAAAAAACGAGAAUUCAGUCAUUACAACGCAAUUUUUUUCCAAAUUAACUCCAUAAUAUCGACAGAAACAUGGCAAACGUUGUUUAGAAUCAAUCCUCAAGGUGUUUUUCACAUAUCUAUUCGAUGAUAAAUCACUCGCUGCAGUUUGGUUUCUCCUCUGAACCAAAUGGAAAAAUGCACGCACCUGGAGAUUACGCAAUAGUUUCGACGGAGGACACCGAGCGGACACCUGGUAAAUGUAGUCUCUUAUGGUAAAUUUUCCAAUGAUAUGCCUACAAAUACGUCACAAUGCUGCAAACACCUUGGGGAAACGACAGAAAGUGUAGGCUCAUUUCUUGCGCAUUCACAGCCAUAUAAGGAGACAUUGGAACACAGCGCCUCCAAAAUCUGGCUCACUCCCUGUAUGAAAUUUCAUCUUGGUUUCACCUGUAGCAUUAGUUCUGUGGCACUCACAGACAAUAUCUUUGCAGUUUUGGAAACGUCAGAGUGUUUUCUUUCCUAAGCUGUCAAUUAUAUGAAUAGUCGAGCAUCUUUUCGUGACAAAAUAUAUUGUUUAAAACGGGAACGUUUUUCAUCCAAAAAUGAAAUACUGCCCCCAGAGGUUAAUAUGAAGAGGGAAAGUCGGCUCUGUCCACAAACAACCCCUAACCCUAAACCCUAGGUCUACCUAGGCACUUUAUGUUGAUCAGGAAGAAUUGAACGGGUGUAAACAUACAUACUCACAUCAUUGGUAUAAGAAAUAACUAUUGUAGCUUUAUCUGUCCCUUUGAUAGGCCAGGUGGAAUUUUAAUCAUAUUGCCUGUCAGGUAGAGUGUUUCGGGCUAGUGGUUGUUGAGUUGUUUCUUGAUGGGGACGUGGUCAACUGUAGAAAUACCUCUACUGACCCCUACUGGUCAUAGUAAUAUGAACGGAAAAUAAGGCAAUAUUUCCACUUGGAAUGAUGACAGGACUCUGAAAUAUAGCCACUAUAUGUAGUUAUAUAUUACCAAGAGGGUCACUAGGUAGGACAACUUAAUACCUGCUAUCUUUCAACCAAGACUAGAUCAAAUAUAAAAAGUCAGCUUGCUUAUUAACCAUGAAGGUAGUGAAUACUUGGGAAAUGCUUUGCAAGUUAUACAAUAGCUCUAUGUCCCGUUCAGUAUUGUUUUACAAGUACUGUAGUACCAGUAUAUGAGCUACUGUUGUGCUCAGUAGGACAAGCCCUAAACGCUGUAUAAUGAUGUGGUAAAGUUGCUUCCGUUUUUUUGUCAAUGUGACCAGCCACUGUUUGCUGCUGCAGUUUUUGGCUCUGCAGGAUGAUAUUGGUCACUUAAUUAGACUUGCACUAAUAUAUUUUGUAAUAUUCAAACUCCGAUGAAAUAAUAUAUGGAUUUAUAGAGAAAAUUCUCGGAGAAAAUAUGUGUAUGAAUUCUGUUACGAGGUGAAAAUAUUUUACUGCAGUGAGGUCAUAUGAGAUUGAGAAAUGUAAAAGUGAUUUUAAACUUGUUAAUGUGGUCAGUUAGUUUCAUUUUUGAUGUUUAGUGUAUCCUUUGAGGUUGAACAAUGUUUCAUUUACAUGUCUGUCAAUAAAUGCGUAGCUUUUCCAAAUCAAA